AUGCUUACAGCAACGAGAAGAAAACAACUCGCUGCUUUUACAGUAGCGAUAUACAUACUCACUAUUUCUGCUAUAAUCCAUUCAUAUAAUUCUUCAAGGACAUUUCUACAAAUGUCUUUAAAGUUGAAUAGUGGCGUCAAUCUGCUGAUCCUAAUGGUUUUUGGACUUUUAAAUCUUGCAUUAAUAUGGAAUGCCUUAACAUGGAUGCUAUUCGGAGAGUUAAGACUCAUAGAACAAGAACAUAUCUUCGAAAGAGUCCCUUUCUCUGUAUUAGGGAUAAUUAUUAUGACUUCGAUGUUCUCUGAAUAUCAUUUAAUGACAUUACUUGGCCUCUCUGGAGGUCUAAUUGCUUUAAAGAUAUAUCAUUGGAUAUUAAAGGAUAGAUUAGAACAAAGAUUACAAGCAAUAAAUAGUGAAACCAAAUUUCGAAAUUUAAUCUUUUCACAAUACAUAAGAAAUUUGAUCAUAUUUGGUGCGACAGAGUUUUGGGUAUCACAUUAUUUUUGGACUAAAUAUAUAUUUAAAGAUGAUUUAACAGAUGAUGACUUACAGGUUAUUAAUAUUGGUAUAGGACAUUUCCAAGCCAAGAUUAAAGGUAGGUACGAUAGUUAUAUGAGUGUAUUUUUAUUAUUUGGAAUGGAAUUCUGCGUCUUAUUUGUGGAUCAUUUAGAGUUAAUGUCUCAUACUAUAUUGAAUUAUUACGAGUUUUAUCUUAAUGAUAGAAGGCAACAACGUCGCCAUCAUCACCAUGAAAGGAUCCAUACAGAGAUUCUAUCUGAUACAGAUGAAUCAGAUAUACCAUCUGAGGAUGAGAUAGAUCAAGAUGAAGAUGAUGACGAUCAAGUAGAUGACGGUUUAGAGAAUAAAUUCAUAUAUGAGAAAAUAAUUGAUAUUGUGUCGAGAAUAGCAAAGAUGAUAUUGCAUGUAUUGAUAUUGUACCGUUUACAAGUUGUAGUGAUUAAGGAUAUAAUAUGGGACAUAAUGUCGUUAUACAAAGGUAUUACUAGUCUGUGGAAAAUAUACAAGAAUAAUAGACAGUUAGAUGAUAAAUUACCAAAUAUUGAAAUUAUGGAUUUAAUGGAUCAUGAUAAUAUUUGUAUCGUAUGUAUGGAUGAUUUAGUCUCGAUUCCAUCAGAUAAAAUAUUAAGACACGAAGAGAAUGAAAAUGAAAAGGAAAUGAAAAAGGAACUAUUGACACAACAAGAUAUCGACAAUAUUAAGAAGUUUAAGAGACCUAAAAAGUUACCAUGUGGUCAUAUGUUACAUUUAUCUUGUUUAAAAAAUUGGAUGGAAAGAUCUCAAACUUGUCCGAUUUGUAGGUUAGCGGUGUUUGAUGAAAAUGGUAAAGUGAAACCAUCUGUGGUUCCAUUACGUUCCAGAUCCAAUAACAUUGUUAAUAAUACGAACAUGGCAGCCUCUAAUACCGAUACUACAACAGAUGGGCAACUACCAGGGACAUCAAAUAAUUCCAAUAUUGAAACAAAUAUCGAAUCGCCUAUUGAAUUCAACGACGAAGCACAUGAAUCUUGGUAUACAUUUGAUAUUAAUGAUAUCAAGAGGGAUUCUGAUGGACCGGGAGAAACCAUAAAUUUUACUGCGGAGACAUUACCACAUUUAAUUGGAACACCAUCCGGUGGUAAUCAAUUACCAUUAUCAUUACAAAUUAGAUCAAGAGACCAAGAUGUUAAUGGUGCUGUGAUAGUCAACGAUUCUAAAAUCAGAUUCCCAGACUCUGAGCCUUAA